CACACACCCUACUGUGGUUGUAUGUUGGGAAACCUAAACAGGAACUGCUUGAGAUUGUACAGAUACAAAAUCAACUACGCAGAGUAAAUAGCAUUUUUAUUCCAUCUUCAGGAACCAAUGCGCCAUGUGCUGGCUUUUUGUUUUCAUACUUUUGAUUUCAUAUGUUGGCAGACAGUCAUCAAUGAAGUUCAGUCUUCAAACUGAAUCAACGGUCACCAUCCCGUGUGGUUAUGAUAGGGCAUAUAUACACCAUAAGAAAUACUGGUGUUCUGGUUCUUUAUCAUUCCAAUCCUGCUCAAUUCAGGCUUAUGCCAAUAAUACAAAGGGGAAAGUGACAGUGACUGAUAACCCAGCUGAGAGUUUCUUUACUGUGACUCUGGAUCAUCUCCAGACAAAAGACACUCGAUGGUACUGGUGUGGUGUAGAGAUAGACAGAGGUUCAGAUGUCAGUGAAGCUCUUCAAAUCACAGUGAAAUCAGAUCCAGAUCUGUCAGUGAAUGAGACCAGAGUGAGAGGUGUGAAAGGAGGCAGCGUCACAGUCCAGUGUCUCUACAGUGCUGCGUAUCAGAAUACACAGAAGCAGUGGUGCAGAUUCAAAGAUGGACAAUGCUACACAAUGAGGACUGAAACAUCCCAGAAUUCAGCAGUGUACAUCAGUGAUGAUGGGAGAAGAUCCUUCAGUGUGAGGAUGAGUGGACUGAAGAAGAGUGAUGCUGGAUUUUACUGGUGCAGGGCAGGAGAUCUGCAGGUUCCUGUUCACAUUGCAGUUAAUAACUUAACAGUUUCUCCAACAGUGACCAAUAAUACAGAUUCAGAUAACAAUCAACAGAAUUCCACGUAUCAAACACUGCGUCUCUGGCUCAUGGUGGCUCUAGGACUGGGGCUGCUGCUCAUUCUUGUCAUCGCUGUAACCUACAUGAUGAGAAAGAUGUGCAAGAAAGAAAUUCAAACGAGGACCAGAAUGAAGAGCAAUGACUCUGCUGCUCACACACCACCAUUAGUACUGGACCGUGAAGGAGAUGUGACCUAUUCCUCUGUGUUCAAUGCAACCAAAAAGCAAAAAACUCAUACUCUCAUAGUCAAAGAGGAUGAAGUGACCUACGACAAUGUGGAUACUUCAACGGUUAAAGAUGAUGAUGUGACCUACGGAAAUGUGAAUUAUCGAAGCAUUAGAGCUGAUAAGGUAAUUUACAGCACCGUAAUUCAUGAGUAAGAGGUGAGAAACUGCAAAACGCACUGAUGAUGGACUAC